CUGGAGUAUCGGGGUGAUUACUCACUCCCUAGAAGGCGGCUAGGAUUAGACUGAGGUUGGAUGGAAGCAGGAAUCUGAUGAGGGAGGUAGAAAAGAGAAGGAAGGAAGGUGGAAUGCAAGAGAGAACAUCUGCAGGACAAGAGACCAGAAAGCUGGAUCAAUGAGGGAAAUAGCAGAGGGUAAGGAACAAGGGAACAAGGUGGGGAGUAGAAGGCUCCAUGAAAUAUAUGUAGAAGGCAGAGGCUGAAGACAGCACCAUACACCUGACUGCUGCUGGAACAUCUAGUUGCUUUUGAUCUUGCUAUAUAUGGAUGCUCAGUUCAUGAAGACUCCAUAGUGUGAGGCUCUCUUCCUACUCUUUCCCCCACUCAUACUUCCAAAGGGGAGAGCUUUACUGCACCAGAAGAGUGUGAAGAGAGGUGGACAUCUCUGUUUGGGUCUAGUUACUAACGCUCAUAAGACGUUUUGGAAUCAGACUGGCCCGAAAAGUGUCCAGAGAAACGACGGAUAAGCCUUUGCCUCUCCUCCCGGUGUGAUUUUCCCUACCCUACGCUGCAGAGAUGGAUCAAUUGUUGGAGGUCAAGAUCGGCUGCCUGGCAGGUCUGCUGGUGGUCACACUCAUUUGUGGCCUCAUCCCGGCGCAGGUUAGAUGGUUCCAGAGCAACAUGGCCAGAGGGAAGCAUCGGCGCAUUCUCAGUUUCAUAGGCUGUUUUGCUGCCGGAGUGUUCCUUGGGGCCUGCAUUAUGCACAUGGUGGCCGACGCACUGGGAGACAUCCAGGAGGAACUCAAAAAGAGACGGCAGCAGGGAGCUUCUAUGCAUAAGCAGAACGGCACCUCUGAAGGUGAUGAUGAUUCAGAGAUGUACCCAUUUGGGGAGCUCGUCAUCUCAGCUGGCUUCUUCCUGGUGUUCCUCAUUGAGAGCGUGGUGCUCCAUUGUUGCCCCAGGGCCGUGCACUCCCACGGCGACCACAACACCGAAGAGGAUCACAAGGACCCGCCGGAAUCCCACAGCUCUUUCCGGGCGUUCGUGCUCUUCCUGUCGCUCUCCUUCCACUCGGUCUUUGAGGGCCUGGCCAUCGGCGUCCAAAAGCAGGAGACGGCCGCCAUUCAGCUUUGCCUGGCGGUGCUGAUCCACAAGGCCAUUGUGGUCUUCAGCCUGGCUUUGAAGUUGGUGCAGAGCGGCACGCCGGCCCGGUGGAGGUUGCUGUACUUGGUGGUGUUUGCUCUGAUGUCUCCCGCUGGCAUCGGCGUGGGCAUCGGUGUCUCCCUUUACAACAGUGACGGGACCAGCCUGGCUCAGGCUUUGUUGGAAGGGGUGGCUGCAGGGACCUUUCUCUACGUCACCUUCCUGGAGAUCCUCCCCUACGAGCUGCGCUCGCACGAAAGCCCCCUGACCAAGUUCUUCUUCAUUGGACUGGGCUUCUCCAUCAUGGCCAUCAUUGCCAUUUGGGCAUGAAAGAGUGGCUCUUCUAUGUUCUCCAUGAAAGCCCAUCAC